AUGUGAAUGUGCGUGUGUAUAUGAAAUAUGCGUAAGUGCAACGGUAACAUUUAGUUUAACUACAAGAAUUUCUGAGAGUGCAUUUAUUUAGGCUCAUGCUAGAUUAAUCGUGCUGUUUUCUGUUUAAAAUCUAAUGUAAUCAUGAUCUUAAAUCAGUUUCAGAUAGAGGCUUUAUGGAAACAGUUAAUCAAACCCUAAAAUUUAUUUUAAGUCUAGCAAAGAGUAAUGACCCUCAUUUACUGCUGCCUCUGGUUUCUGCUACUUCACUAUGCUUCAGUGAGAAGUUAUGUUCUGAUACCUAAAUAUAGUUUAAAAGUGGUAAGUCUAUGUCGAUGACAGCAUUUAAUUUCCUUGGUUUUUUUGCUCCCCACUUACAAUAAAUUUUUGGUAAAACACUUCAAUUUUAGGUCAAACAGCUGAUGUCUGUUUUGUAUGGUGAUAGACCGGUAGAGAGAGUGAAGUUGUUUGAAGGGAACAUCAAACACCUUUUUUUUGCCCUGGGAGAGUUUAAUGAUGUAAGACCUUAGGAUACAGUUAUCUGCUGCUUAGAAUUUCUCACUAACAACUGAGAGCCUCAUUUUGCCAAUGCUUAUUCUGUGUCACCUAGGGACAGAAUUUUUUUGGGGUCUUUUUAAGAACCAUUUUCUCUUAAUCCCAUUACUAUAGAGUGUUAUUCAUUCCACAAAAGUUUUUGAACAUUUUUUACAUGUGAAGCAUUACAUCACAUGAUCUUGUUAUUCUGCACGUGCAUUCUUUUUUAAAAAUAUAAUACAGAUAACAAAACAUUUGCCAAUUCAACCACUUUCACAUAUAUACUUCAGCGACAUUGAUUAUGUUCAGCAUGUUGGGCAACCAUUAAAAAAACCAGAACCAGUUUCCAUCAGGUUGCCUCCUGACUCCUGUUGACGGUAUGUGUGUCUGAGUAGGACUGUGCUCCAUAGGGUGCAGCCAUCACCACUGUCCUUUUCCAAAUUAUUCCACCAGAGUGUGCAUUCUCACGGUCCCAAGAUGGUGGUAUCAUCUAGAUAUUCGUAGUAAGCAAUUUGGUACAUCACAGAGUCCUAGUUGUCAAGCUUUGGAACCUUGUAAAGUGACAUAUAAACCCUAUCAAUCUUCUGCCCAGAAUAAUGGCUCACCCGCCCAGGAGAUAGCAGGAAGAGACUCAUUUGAAGGGCUGCAACAGCAGUUUUUAGAAGCUAAUGAAAAUUCUGCAGACAAUAUGCAGAUUAUUCAACUUCAGGUUCUUAACAAAGCAAAAGAAAGACAACUAGACAAUUUAGCUGAAAAGUUAAACGAAAGUGAACGUCAAAUUAGAUAUCUGAAUCAUCAGCUUCUGAUAAUUAAAGAUGAAAAGGAUGGUUUGGCCCUCAGUCUUCGAGAAUCACAGAAACUCUUUCAGAAUGGAAAAGAGAGGGAGAUACAGCUUGAAGCACAAAUAAAAGCACUGGAAACCCAAAUACAGGCAUUGAAAGUCAAUGAAGAACAGAUGAUCAAGAAGUGCAGAACAACUGAGAUGGCUCUGGAAAGCCUGAAGCAGCAACUGCUGGACCUUCAUCAUUCUGAGUCACUUCAUCGAGCUAGAGAGCAGCAUGAGAGCAUAGUUACGGGUCUCACAAAGAAGUAUGAAGAGCAAGUGUUGUCCUUACAGAAGAAUUUGGAUGCUACAGUUACUGCACUUCAGGAACAGGAAGACACUUGCUCUCGUUUGAAAGAUCACAUAAAACAACUGGAAAGGAUUCAAGAAGCAACCAAAUUAGAAAAGACUGAGAUCAUUGGCAGGUUGACCAGAAGUUUAGAGGAGAGUCAAAAGCAGUGUGCCAGCUUGUUGCAGUCAGGCUCAGUACAGGAGGUGGCUCAGCUACGGCUACAGCUGCAGCAAGCACAAAAGGCAUAUACGAUGACUGAAAACAUGAACAAGGCUUUUCAGGAAGAACUAACAGAACUAAAAAAUGAGAUUUCUCUCUAUGAAUCUGCUGCAAAAUUAGGAAUACUGCCGAGUGACUCAGAAGGAGAAUUAAAUAUAGAACUCACUGAAUCAUAUGUGGAUUUGGGUAUUAAAAAAGUCAACUGGAAAAAAUCCAAAAUUAACAGCAUUGUGCAGCAAGAAGACCCAAAUGAAGAGCUUUCCAAAGAAGAAGUCAUUCUGAAGCUGAAAGCAGAAGUACAAUGUUUACUGGGUAGCAACUCAGUGAAGCGCCAGCUUGUUUCCCAGUUGCGAAAUGAACUCAAAGACUGUCAUAAAAAAAUUGAAGAUCUCCAAGAAGUGGAGAAGGAUGAGAAAAGCAUGAAGACUAAAACAGGUAGCUCAGAGACACCAACUAAUCAAUUAUGGCCCAACUCUUCUACUUCUGACAUGAUUGUCAAAGAUGAUAUUCUGCGACUUAAAAAUGAAAUUCAAGUUUUACAGCAACAAAAUCAGGAACUUAAAGAAACUGAAGAAAAACUGAGAAAUACAAAUCAAGACUUAUGUAAUCAAAUGAGACAAAUGGUACAAGAUUUUGACCGUGAUAAACAAGAAGCUGUGGAUAGGUGUGAGAGGACUUACCAGCAGCACCACGAAGCCAUGAAAACCCAAAUACGUGACAGCCUGUUAGCAAAGCAUGCUUUGGAGAAGCAGCAGCUCUUUGAGGUUUAUGAGGGGACUCGCUUGCAGCUUAGGUCCGACUUAGAUAAGAUGAAUAAGGAGAUGGCCACAGUGCAAGAAUGUUACCUGGCAGUGUGCCGAGAGAAGGAUAAUCUUGAAUUGAAUCUCAGGAAGGCCAUUGAGAAGGAGCAGCAAUCUCAGGAGGAAAAGAAACAGCUAUUGGAAGAGAGAGAAGAAUAUGUAAGCAAACUGCAGGUGAAACUUGAAGAAAAGUACCAUGAUACCUUUAUGAUGGAAAAGGACAAGUGGCGGAAAGAACGAGAAACUGAUAUUAAACAGCAGGUUGAAGUUGAAGUGAUCUUAGCCAAAGCACUCUGGGAGAAGGAACAGAAUGAGAUUAAACAAGAACUCACUCAACAGCUUGAAAAGGAGUGGCAGGCUAAGCUGGAUGAAACUCUAAAGGAAAUGAAAAAGAAGACUUCAGAUUGUGGCAGCCAAACUGACCAAGUAUCCGCCGUUGAUGUUCUUUCCAAGGAAGAGAUGGCAACAAUGGUAGAAGAGCAGAAGCGAAAGAUCCAGCACGAUUUAGAGCAAGAGGAGAGUGUUCUCCAGGAGGGCUGGAGGAAACGAGAAAUUGAACUGGAACUUAAGCAUUGUGAAAAUGUUGCCAAACAGGUAGAAAUAGCUGUGCAAAAUGCUCGUCAUCGAUGGCUGAAAGAACUGCCUGAGCUUGCGGAGUAUAAAGCACGUCUAAGAGCAGAACAGAAGAAAUGGGAAGAAAAACAAGAGAUUGCUGUGGCCAAACGGAUAUUGUUUGCUGUUUCUGAAGCUAAAGAGAAAUGGAAAAGUGAGCUUGAAGAUAUGAAGAAAAAUAUAAUACCUGGGAAGGAAUUGGAAGAGAAGAUCCAUUCUCUUCAGAGGGAACUUGAGUUAAAGGCCGAGGAAGUUCCUGUGGUUGUCAGGGCUGAGUUGGCUAAGGCCCGAAGUGACUGGAACAAAGAAAAGCAGGAAGAAAUCCACAGAAUUCAAGAACAAAAUGAGCAAGAUUACCGGCAAUUUUUAGAUGAUCAUCGAAAUAAAAUUAAUGAGGUGCUUGCGGCAGCUAAAGAAGACUUCAUGAAACAAAAAACUGAGCUGCUUCUUCAGAAGGAGACAGAAUUACAAACAUGUCUAGACCAGAGUCGUAGAGAAUGGACUAUGCAGGAAGGCAGGCGGAUCCAAGUGGAAAUUUAUCAAUACGAAGAAGACGUCUUAACCGUACUUGAAUUUCUCUUAAGGGAUGCCCAAAAGGAACACGUCGGUGGUUCAGAGAACACGCAGCUUUUGGAGGUUGUGUCGACUUGUUCGUCAAAAUGGGUGUCUGUGCAAUAUUUUGAAAAACUGAAGGCCUGCGUACAGAAAGCAUUUCGAGAUACAGUCUUCCCACUUAUAGAAAAUGCUGGCCCACAAUGGGAAAAGAAAAAUAUGGCUAAGCUCUCUAAGGAUCCUGCUAGCAGGGACACUGGCAAAGGAGACCUUGGAGUCUCAGAAGCCCUUCGUGCACCCACUUCUGGACACCAUGCUCAGCCCUUGGCCUUGCCAGAAACAGAAGCAGAAGCUGAAGAGAAUAGUGAACUUGUUGAAGAAUUAAUAGAAGAAAACAAUGAUAUGAAGAAUAAAUUGGAAGAACUGAAAACACUUAGUAAAACACCACCAAGGUCAUUGUCUGAAGGGGCCGUUGAAAAUGCUUAUUACAUGCUCUACAGUGGGAAGGCCUUGGAAGAACUUCGUGGGCAAUACAUUAAAGCUGUAAAAAAAAUUAAGCGUGAUAUGCUCCGCUAUAUCCAGGAGAGUAAGGAAAGAGCUGCUGAAAUGGUAAAAGCAGAGGUAUUUCGAGAACGUCAAGAAACCGCCCGAAAGAUGCGCAAAUAUUAUUUGGUUUGCCUCCAACAGAUUUUGCAGGAUAAUGGAAAACAGGAGGGGGCCGAUAAAAAGAUUAUGAAUGCCGCUAGCAAACUUGCUACAAUGGCAAAAUUGCUGGAAACACCUAUUUCUAAAAGAACCCAGAGCAAAACUACACAGUCUGUAGCACUGCCUCUGACUUCAGAGAUGCUGAUUGGAGUUGAAAAACCAAAAAGGAAUGAUGUGAAUCAGCAUAUACCUGGCUACAAUGAAAGGAAAUCAAGCAGUAUCCCCAGAAGUAUGUGUGAACAAGUUCCUAAGAAGGCUGCUUGUAACUUACGAAGGCGGUUAGAGGACGCUGAGCAGGGGGACAGAAAGCUUGUGGGCUCCAAGGGGUCACAUUCAGACUUUAAUUUUGGGGAUAAUAGCUGCAGUCAGCUAGACAUUUUGCCAGGGAAUGUUUCUCCUGAGUUUGUUCCUUGUGAAGGUGAGAGAGGCUUGAGUUUGCAUAAGAAGAAAGAUCUGCUCAGUGACAUUGGCUCUGAAUCUCCUCUGCAUUCAGCCGCAUACCCCUUUCUUGGCACUUUCGGAAAUAAACCCUCACCUAGAUGUACCCCAGGCCUUUCCGAAUCAGGAUCCACAUGUAUAGCCUUUCGAGGUCCCAAUGAAAGACCUGGUUUAAAAGUAUACAAAUGCAGCCCACUGACGGAAGGUGAAAAUGCUGCACCUGAGACAAGUCGAGGUUCGGGCGUUCAGGAAACUCCAGUCAAGGAUGGAGGGGCCCUCAGUGUCUCCUUAGACUGGCGCGCCAGCAGUGCGGCUCUGCCCUGUCACAGUCAUGAAGUGUCAUUUCUACAUAGUGGGCCGCAAGUAACCCUGGAUACGCUAACUGAAUCUGUUAAAUCCAAACCGUCUUCAGCAACUAACUGCCUUCCAGAUACAGAGAAAAAUAAUAUGAUUUGUAAACCGAUGAAAUGUCAGACUGAUCACACUCCAGGCCUGUCGGCAGAAACCAUGUAUUCGCAGCCAGAAAAGAUCAGUAUGACUCUUGGACACCCAUCUCAUCACACGACUGAUCUGUUAAAGUCAGAUUUAAAAAAACUCAGCAGCACAGUCCCAUCUUCAGUGUAUUGGCAGCCUUUGAGAAAAUCAAUCCCUCCCCUAGCUAGCCAACAAGAUAGUGGCUUUGCUAGCCCAUUUGUUCAUCUAGACUAAUUGUUGUACAGUAUUUAAGAAGAAUCGUUAUACUGACAAGAAAACCGGAAGGGAAGACUUCAUACUGAAAAAAUUGUGGGCUCUGCCUAUUUUAAGAUGUUUUAAUAACAUUUAUUACAUGAGUAAAGUAUUCUCAUAAAAUUACUUGAGAUAUUUACGUUGCCUUAAUCUUCCAGAGGCUGGACGGUGUACAUGUAAUCUGCUUCUUCUGUGUGGUGAUUAUAUUUGUUUGCCAAACCAUCUAUUUUUGUAUUUAUAAAUUUGCUUACUGUGCAGUGUUAAAUUAUUACCUGUUUAAAUAAACUUGCAUAUGAUCUGUAGAAUUGUUAUGAAUUAUUUUGUAAUUGACAGUAUAUAAAUGUAAUAUUGGCAGCAUGUUUGAAAUUCAUCCAGAAAAAAUAUAAACUGAUUGUUUGCAUGUAUGGUCAGUAAAAUUUAAUUUUUAACAUCAGCCAUGUUUAA